AUGACACUUUACAUGGACUCUAUCUGGUUCCAGGUUGACGAUUCGGAUGAAGAAUUAGAGGAGUCCGGGAAGUAUAUGGGUGUUUUCAACCAGAGACCAGAACAAAUUGCUGCCUGGCUUCCACGCCCACAAACACCAUUCACAAUUCCCCACAAAUUUGUUCCUUCUGCAUUCAUGAAUAAGGCAAGUAUCGAGGAGCGUAUUUCUAGAGUUGAUUCCGAGCCGGAAGUCAUCAGCUUUAAACCACAUUCCCAAUUCCGUGGAACAAGCGUUUCCGUUUACUAA